AUGGUCCCUAGGAAUCCUAGGGACUAUGCCCCUAGAACUCCUAGGAGUCCUAGGGACUAUGCCCCUAGAACUCCUAGGAGUCCUAGGGACUAUGCCCCUAGAACUCCUAGGAGUCCUAGGGACUAUGCCCUUAGAACUCCUAGGAGUCCUAGGGACUAUGCCCCUAGAACUCCUAGGAGUCAUAAGGACUAUGCCCCUAGAACUCCUAGGAGUCCUAGGGACUAUGCCCCUAGAACUCCUAGGAGUCCUAGGGACUAUGCCCCUAGAACUCCUAGGAGUCCUAGGGACUAUGUCCCUAGAACUCCUAGGAGUCCUAGGGACUAUGCCCCUAGAACUCCUAGGAGUCCUAGGGACUAUGUCCCUAGAACUCCUAGGAGUCCUAGGGACUAUGCCCCUAGAACUCCUAGGAGUCCUAAGGACUAUGCCCCUAGAACUCCUAGGAGUCCUAGGGACUAUGCCCCUAGAACUCCUAGGAGUCCUAGGGACUAUGCCCCUAGAACUCCUAGGAGUCCUAAGGACUAUGCCCCUAGAACUCCUAGGAGUCCUAGGGACUAUGCCCCUAGAACUCCUAGGAGUCCUAAGGACUAUGCCCCUAGAACUCCUAGGAGUCCUAGGGACUAUGCCCCUAGAACUCCUAGGAGUCCUAGGGACUAUGCCCCUAGAACUCCUAGGAGUCCUAGGGACUAUGCCCCUAGAACUCCUAGGAGUCCUAGGGACUAUGCCCCUAGAACUCCUAGGAGUCCUAGGGACUAUGCCCCUAGAACUCCUAGGAGUCCUAGGGAUUAUGUGUGA